AUCUACUAUGAUUUCAGUUUAAAUUCAGGUGUGACAUCAAUGUAAGAUCAAGUUCCGCUGUCGCCGCAGUCCGAAGACGUGUGAGCUACAGUUGGCACAUGAUGUCUUUCUCCUGUCAGUGUAUCCUGGCGGUCUUGCUUGCUAGCUUCAUUGCGAGUGUCAAUGCAAACAGUGUGCAGGAGAGAGAAGAACUGGUUGAACGGAUUAUAGAUAUUUUGAAAAGCGAUGAGAAGAGAAUGAAUAACCCCCAAAACAGACCCAGAGUAGACAUAUUAGUCGCAGACGCAGAAGCCAAAGGAUUAGAAGCAUUAGAAGAUGACUACAAACUAAAAUACAAGCACUAUAUAAACGGAAUUGACAAGAUCGCUAAUCAUUCUGGCUCAGAAAGUGCUGUAGCGUACACAGACUAUACUCCAGGCCAUGCAGAGGAACUUGAUAACAGGACAACGGUUGCCAUCACGGCAUUGCAGUAUAUAUUGGACACCCUUUCGAUAAAACUGGACGAUUUUCAAACGGACAAUGAUAAAUAUACGGCAGACCUUCGUCAAGAAUGGGAAGCGACAUUUGGGAUGGCAGUCCAUCAAUGUACAGACGAAGAAAAAGAAGCAGAGUACCGAUCGAUUGACGGAUCGUGCAACAACCUUAUAAACGCUGAAUGGGGAAUGUCCGUGACUCCAAGAAUUCGGUUCAUACAAAAGCCUGCCUACAGUGACGUGCAUGGUCUUACGAGUCCACGAAAGGCCAUCGAUGGCAGUGAUCUGCCUUCUUCCCGGCAUAUCAGUAUUGUGAUGAGCAGGUAUGACGAGGGCCCGGAAACUCCGGAUGACACUCUCAGGACGGUAGCGUUGACCGGGUUUGGUCAGUUCUUAGAUCACGAAUUAACCGACACAGCUCUAUCCACUGGAUUUUUAGGUUCUGUGAUUGAAUGCUGCACCUUAAGCAAGGAAGAGCGGGAAAAGAGAAUCCAGUGUAUUGGUAUCGAGAUUCCUGACAAUGAUCCAGCUUUCCAAGGUCGUGAAUGCCUUGAGUGUGUCCGAACAGCUGGGGCACUAGCGGAUUUCAGGAUUCCAGGUCCCAGGCAACAGAUCAACGAUAUUACGGCCUAUAUAGAUGGUUCUGCUGUUUACGGAAGCGAAGAGGAGAGAGCGGAAGAACUUUGGGAUCAUUCAACAGGCAAACUGAAGGAGCAAAAACCUGGAUUCCCUCCUGAGGAUACGGAUGGUGAUGCAUGUGUUAAGAAUUUUGCAGAUCAGCUGGACUAUUAUUGUCCCAAAGCCGGCGAUAGAAGAUCAAGUGACAUUUCCCAUCUAACCGUUAUCCAUGUUGUGUUCUUAAGAAUGCACAAUGAUAUUAUUUUGUUAUUAUCCGACAUGAAUCCCAAAUGGGAUGGAGAAAAAUUAUACCAGGAAACAAGAAAGAUAAUAGGAGCAAUCAUUCAGAAAAUAACAUAUAGUGAAUGGCUUCCUCUCUUCAUCGGGGAAGCUAAAAUGAAGGACAACGACCUUCGUCCAGACAAUGGCAAACAAUACAAAUAUGAUAGCAAAAUCAAUCCCUCUAUCAAUAACGAACUAAGCAUAGUUUUACGCACUGGCCAUAGCAUUGUUACUCCAAAAAUGAAACGGAUGAACAUUAGUUUUGUAAUAGUAGAAGAACGAGAAAACCAAGACAUAUUUCUCGAUCCGUAUUUAACAUUCCGUAGCGCAGGCGAGGUAAUGAGGUGGAUGGUGAGCACACCAGGAAAAGCAAGCGACAGGUUUGUCAACAAUCCCUUUCUUGAUUCCCUUUUUGAAAAUUUGGGUCUUCCACUCGAUCUGAUAGCUAUAAAUAUCCAAAGAGAACGCGAGUUCGGACUAGCACCAUAUGCUGACUAUCAUGAGAAAUGUGGACUUGGGAAGAUUCAAUCAUGGGAUGAUCUGAAAAAUCACGAUAAUGAGACAGUGGAGGUUUUGAAGCAGGCUUAUGCUGGCUGGACGGUUAAGGAUAUAGACCUGUUCAUUGGUGGAUUGUCCGAGAAGAAACUGGAUGGUGCCUCUUUAGGUCCCACCUUCGCUUGUAUCUUUGUAGACCAAUUCAGUCGUCUCAAGUUUGGCGAUCGAUUUUGGUUUGAGAACAGAAGGAAUAAACCAAAGGGCAUAGGAUUCACACGUGAACAAAUUUCCGCCAUCCAAAAGGUGACGUUCUCUGGAAUCAUCUGCCGUUACUAUCACUUAGAUCUGAUACAGGAAAAAGCGUUUGAAAUCCCUUCAACGGGAGAUCGAAAACCGUGUGCUGACCUCCCAUUCCUUGAUAUAAGGGAAUGGAAAGAAGAAUGACGUCGUUAACGUCAUGACUGCUCGCCUGCCCAAGAUAAAUGGAAAACUAAUUUCUCUUAUCUAUUUUUCUUAAUAACAAAUUAUUUCUAUUUUAUUGUUCUAAUUUCUAAAGCAUGCAAAAAUGAUUUAGAUAAAAUCUUAUUUAAAUCGC